ACAUUUGACAAUUAGUUCGUUUUAUUUCGGCUUUAUUUUUAUAUUGUUUUCAUUUUGUACUGCACAAAUGUACAAUAAAAGCAAAUGCGAAAGUGGAGCAAGAAAUAGUAGCUUUUGUGCAUUUACAAUUGGCAAGAGCAACAAUAGCGCAAGGGCGCUGUAAAUAGCAGUCAACCAAACUGCACAAAACCCAUUUCCAACCCUCAACGUGUGCGCAUAAGGUUAUCAAACAGAACAUAACAGAAGAGAACUCUUAAUUAGUAACUGCUCUAACCGCAGAUAUACAUAUAUUUAAAAGCACAUACUAGAUGUUUAAGUUUGUGCUGCACGACGCCAUUGGCUAUGUGCGCAACAAUGUGCGUGAGUUCAGUCUCAAUGCGCUCCGAUUGCUUCCUCAGUUGCCACAAUUGAGUCCCUACGAUGUGAAUUUGGCGUUAAGGGAAAAUGAAUUUAUAUACAAUUUCCCGCUGGACGGCAUCAUACACAGCUAUGAAACGAAUCAACUUGGCUCGAAUUCACCCUGCGAGGAUUCCCGCACUGAGGCCAGUCUCCUGUUUCGCAAUGGAUUCAUCUGCGGCAUCUUUGAUGGACAUGGCGGUGCUGCCUGUGGUCAGGUGGUGUCCAAGCGUUUGCUGCGCUACAUUUCGGCGGGCACACUGCCCCGUCAGGUGCUGCGGGAGCAACUGAAACAGGGCUGCACCAGCCAAUCCUUCCUCAAGUGCCACAACGAUAAUGUGGAUUUCGUUAGCGAAAUACGACCCAUUUAUGAGAACAGCUUUCAGCAGUACAUCAAGCGAUUGAGCGACGAGCCGCAGCGAGAUGUGGCCAGUGAGUUGCAGCAAGCAUUUCAGCAGCUGGACGAGGAUUUGGCCCUGGAGGCCCUGGCUACCAACGAUGUGCGCACCAUGAGUGUGGCAUUAUCAGGUGCCGUGGCAUGUCUGGUGCAUUUGGAGGGUCUGCAGCUGCAUGUGGCCAGCACUGGAGAUUGUGGCGCCGUGUUGGGUGUGCUGGAUCCUCAGACAAAUCAAUGGCAUCCCAAGAAACUAAACAUUGAGCACAAUGCGGAUAAUAUGCAGGAAGUUGAUCGCAUUUUGGGUGAACAUCCGCACGAGGAGCGGGAAACGAUAAUAAGAAAUGGACGCCUACUUAGCCAGUUGGCACCGUUGCGCGCCUUUGGCGACUAUCGCUACAAAUGGCCCGUGGAUACGAUGCAACAGAAGGUGGUGCCCAUGUUCGGGGAGCAUGUGAUGCCGCCAAAUUAUUAUACACCGCCGUACCUGACCGCACGCCCCGAUGUCCAACAGCAUGAGCUGGGCGCCAACGAUAAGUUUCUAGUCAUUGCCAGCGAUGGACUCUGGGAUUUCCUAACGCCCAGCGAGGUUGUCAGCCUCGUCGGCGAGCACUUGAACUCCAAAAAGAUGCUGGAGCCAAUGCGUCUGCCACACGGCGAUAUUAAGCUCAAGGAAAUCUCCGAGCAGCUCGCCGAACGCAAAGCUGGACUCAAUAGGAAGCCCAUUGAUACGAAUGCUGCAACACAUUUGAUACGCCAUGCGCUGGGCGCCACAGAAUAUGGCAUUGAGCACUCAAAGAUCUCGUACUAUUUGUCGUUGCCACAGGAUGUGGUGCGUUUAUAUCGUGACGACAUCACCAUUACCGUCAUCUACUUCAACUCGGAGCACAUUGCCAAGCUAAAGCAUGAAAAUCAGACGCAAGCACAAACACAGACGCAGCCUCAACCCGCUGCGUGAUCAUUGAUAUAGAAAUUUUCGGAAAUAAGCUUGGCAAAGGAUUCAAAUUUUAGUACCUUGCUUCCUCGGAUCAUAUAAAUAAUGAUUAAUCUAUGUAUUUAUUGGCCAAGCGCCUAUUCUAAUCUCUAGUCUAAGUUGUUUCGUUUAAGUUUUGUUUAUACAUUUUUACGAAUCGCCCGAUCCCAUCCAAUUGUUGUUGUUGUUUCCGCAUUGUUGCCGUCUAUCUAUCCUUAAGCCAGGACGAAAGCCGCUCGCAGGCUAAAUGCUAAAAAUAAAUAUGCAAAUCGAUCAACUAA